ACAUUGGCGGUAAGAGUAAUGACGAAAGAUACUCGACGGCAUUAUCUAAUAUGAACGGUUUUUGUUAAAAUACUUUUACAGAAUACGUCUUUCUUAAGGCUUUUUGCUUUCGUGAUGACUUUCUGAAUGAUACGGUCUUAUUUGUGCUGUGGUCGUGUUUUUUGUCUUAAGAGAACAUGAAUGUGAUGUUACAAAACAGCUUCGUUCAGAACAAAGCAGUAGAAUCUAUUAAUGAUUACAAAUGUCACAGAGCGGCUCUGAGAGUGAAAUCUGGGAUUAUAAACCUCUUAAGAAAACCAAAAAACGAAGCUGCAAAUCACAGAUAACAAGAGAAAAUGGGACCAAGAGGAGAAAGGAUAGCAAUCCUGGGACAUCAGUGCAAAAAACAGAAGUCAACAGUGCUGAAACACACACUGGUUUAGACCAGAAUGGCAAUAAUGCUCCCAUUAACAUUGUGAACUCAGGAUCCCUGGACGUGAAUCAUGGGACACUUUCUCAGGAUGUCCAGGAAAAAGACCCUCAGUCAGGAGGCUUCUGUCCUGUCUGUCAAAUGCCAUUUUCCCUCUUAGUGGUUCAGUCUCAACAAUGGCAUGUUGCAGAAUGCUUAGAUAACCCUGGUGACAACUGUAAAGAAUGUCCAGAUGGUCUUCAUUGUGCAGCCUCCAUUCCCAAUCACUACAAGAGAUACAGCCACUCUCUACUUGCUCAGAGUCGAGCGCUAAACGACUGCACGACCCAAGCCAUCUCAGACUUCAACUUGAAGUCAGUUAAUAAUGUUGCACCUGCAUCUGGUACGGAGAGCUCUGUGGACAGCGCUGUGAAUGUAUCCGCUUCAUCCAGCCAAAGUUCAUCUCCUGGUGAUGGACCAAAGGGAACUCCCACCCAGAGUAACGCACUGCUGCUUUUGCGCUCCCCUAAUACUGAAGAUAUCAAGAAAAAGAAAGGUUGGUCUCCUUCUGUCAAAAGAUCUCAAUCUCAGAAUUCCUCACAGGAAGCAAGAAUGAAGACUUCAAUUCCAGCUAAUGCACAUAGUUUUGACAAUGCUGUUCAGACACAGACUAAUGAGGUUAAAGCCGAGCUCUUCGAAUGUAAUGAUGAUGAUUAUAUCUCCUACUCCCCACUCUCUGAACUUCCAAAUGUGGAUAAGGAGCACAGAACUAAUAUAGAGAUUCACAGUACUGCACUGCAGGAAAAUGAGGUUGGUGAUGAUUCUCUUAAACUGUUCAGCGAUGAAGCUGAUGAUCUAUUCUAUAAUAUGCUGGACCACUAUGAGACAGGGAACAUGGAACAUGGACCAGACAAAAACUCAUUAGACACCUGUGAGAAACUGCAGACAUCGUUAGCACCCGAUGAUCACCUGAUUAAUUCCAGCUCCACAGGUGUUUCUGAUGGAACAUUUCAGCAUGGACCUCAAUCAAUAGGAAAACAAUCCACAACAAAUCCUGAAGAUCCAAACUCCCAGCUACAGUCACCUCAAAGUUUGGUAUUAGAGUGUCUUCGGGAGCGCAUAUCUAAUCCUGUACAUGCCAACAGUUACAUAAACCAAGAGUUGUCUUCCACCCAAACAGCCCUAACUCAGAAAACACAAUCUAUGGCUCCUAGGAGAACUCAGACUAAGGCAGGUCCCUCUGGAUUAAAGCAAACAGACAUUGGGGUGUUUUUUGGCUUGAAGCCAUUGAAUGAAAAAAAGGCUGAGGAGGAAGUGAAGGCAACGGUCAGAGAAACCGAUCAGCAAGGGUCUAGGAGAGCGAGGAUUUCAGAAACUCAGGGGGAAGACGCUAAGCUCCAGGGUAGAUGGCGUAGGAAGAGCAAAGCUCCAUCUGAAGUGUCCAGUGUCUCGCCUGCUGCAGAAGAUGGUACGACUCGGCCCACACAAACAGAAGGAAAGCGAGGAGGGAGGGCAGAGAGGCAGAAAAGAUGGAACAGGGGAAGAGCGACAGAUGGAGAUCCCGAGGAGCCCAAGCGGUGUCCAUUCUACAAGAAAAUUCCUGGAACUGGUUUUGCUGUGGAUGCGUUUCAGUAUGGGGUUGUUGAAGGUGUCACAGCCUACUUUCUCACUCACUUCCACUCGGACCACUAUGGUGGCUUGAGAAAAGACUCCGUUUUAACCAUCUACUGUAACAAAAUAACUGGUAACCUGGUGAAGAGCAAGCUGAAGGUGGGUGAGCAGUAUGUUCAUGUUCUCCCAAUGAACACAGAGUGUAUGGUGCAAGGAGUGAAGGUCACUCUCCUGGAUGCUAAUCACUCUUACGGGGGCCAGACGGUACUCCACACAGGUGACUUCCGGGCUGAUCCGUCCAUGGAGCGCUACCCAGAGCUGCAGGGUCUCAGGAUACAGACCCUCUAUCUGGACACAACGUAUUGCAGUCCUGAGUAUACAUUUCCCACUCAACAGGAAGUCAUCACCUUUGCCGUAAACACAGCUUUUGAACAGAUCACACUGAACCCUCGUACACUUGUGGUUUGUGGCACCUACGCAGUUGGGAAAGAGAAGGUUUUUCUAGCUGUAUCGGAAGUGUUGGGCGCUAAGGUGUGUUUGUCCAAGGAUAAGUAUAACACCAUGUGCUGCCUGGAGUCGGAGGAGAUUGGCCAGUGCAUCACUACAGACUGGCGGCCGGCCCAGGUGCAUGUACUUCCCAUGAUGCAGCUCAAUUUCAAAAACCUGCGGACACACUUGAAUAAGUUCUCCAGGCAGUAUGACCAGCUAGUGGCGUUCAAGCCCACAGGCUGGACCUUCAGCCAAACUGUAAGGGUGGAAGACAUCCAGCCUCAGACUCAAGAGAACAUCAGUAUCUAUGGUAUUCCCUACAGUGAGCACAGCAGUUUUCUUGAGCUGAAGCGUUUUGUGCAGUGGCUGCAGCCGAAAAAGAUAAUUCCCACGGUGAAUGUGGGCAGCUGGAGGAGCAGGAAAGCUAUGGAGGGCUUUUUCCGUGAGUGGCAGACUGAACCCAGAAACCUCAGCUCAGCAUCAUGUGCCCUGAGAAACUCAAGCUGUGGAACAAGGCAAUAAAGUAAACUGACAUCCACGAUCCAACCUUUGGCCAAACAGUCAAACGGUGCCUUUAUUGAUUGGACCAGGAUUACUCAGUGGACCAUUUCAAAUGAAGAGAGUUUUGGACUGCCUUCUUACAUUUG